AUGUCAAGAAUUUUGGUAAAUACUCCAUAUGGUGGAAGAUUAGUGGUUAUGUACAUGUACUAUCUGCUUGGUCAUCGUAUUAUGGAUUCACCACUAAGCAUUGAAGAUCGUCAACAAAUGGCCGACAACACUUUCAUUCUUGCUAUUGAUGGGGACUCCAAGUUUGAACCAGAGGCAGUAAUGCGAUUAUUGAAUCUUAUGAACACUAAGAGUGUCAUGGUGUGGUACCAAAAAUUCGAAUAUGCCAUCGCACACUGGUUCCAGAAAGCAGCUGAGCACGUAUUCGGAUGUGUGCUGUGUGCUCCUGGGUGCUUCUCUCUGUUCCGUGCUUCGGCGCUGAUGGAUGAUAAUAUCAUGCACAAGUAUACUAAGACUGCCCAAGAACCUCGUCACUUUGUACAAUAUGAUCAAGGAGAGGAUCGAUGGCUCAGUACUCUUAUGUUGAAACAGGGAUACCGUAUCGAGUACGUGGCUGCAUCGGACGCGGAAACCUAUGCUCCAGAAGGUUUUGAAGAGUUCUUCAAUCAACGUCGACGCUGGACACCCUCAUCAAUUGCUAACACAAUCGACCUCCUGUCUGAUUAUAAGAGAGCCUCAGAAAACAAUGAUUCAAUAUCGAUGUCCUAUAUUUCCUAUCAGUUCAUGGUAAUUUUCUUCUCGAUGCUCGGCCCUGCAAUUAUUUUCACUAUGCUCGUAUUUGCACAGGUGGCCGCGUUUGGUGUUGACUCAGCAAGGGUGAUGCUGUACAACGGCAUUCCAAUCAGUUUGUUCAUCGUAAUAUGUUUUACUACCGAGUCCAAUGUGCAGCUGCUAUAUGCCAAGGUGGAAACCACUUCAACGUUUGAGCGCUGGCUACGUCGUAUUGGUGAAAGUUCGUGGUCAGCGCUGUGCCCAACGCUUCGUGCCAGACCAGACGAAGGGAUGCAGUUGAUUGAGAGAAAGCUGGAGAGACUGGAGCGCUCAAUUACUGACUUACAGAAAAUUGAUCAGGAGGAUCAGAAAGCAAAGGAACGUCUACUGAAGAUGGCAAAGGACAUGGAUGAUGCAGCAGGCACCAAUGAUAUAGUCGAAAUUCGGCGUCCCAUUGUAGAGGCAAUACCAGUUCGUGCAGUGGACAAGUACAUGUGGAUGGAAGGUGACUAUCUG